AUGACGUCCAGUGGGUCACUGAAGCUCGCGGAGCUGCCGGCGCUCGAGGACGUGCCGCCGAGCGAGCGCAUGCGUCUGUUCCGCCAGAAGCUCAAGCUCUGCUGCGUGCUGUACGACUUUAGCGACAUGCGCAAACACGUGCGCGAGAAAGAGGCCAAGCGCAACGCGCUGCUGCAGGUCGUCGAGUACAUUUCCGCGAGCAAAGUCGCGUGGGACCCGUCGGUGGUCGCGGAGCUGCUCGAGUGCGUCGGCGUGAACAUCUUUCGCCACUUGGGCCGCAGUCUCAACGCCUCAGUAAUUAAUGCGAAUGGCAACGUCGAAGCGGCGCCGGAAGACGAUGAGCCGAUGCUCGAGCCGUCGUGGCCGCACAUGCAAUUGGUCUACGAGAUCUUGCUCCGCUUUGUGCUGUCGAAGGAAGUGGACUCGCGGACCGCCAAGGACUAUUUCAGCAAACGGUUCAUGAUCAAACUGCUGAAUCUGUUUGACUCGGAAGAUCCGAGGGAGCGCGACUACUUGAAGACGAUUCUGCAUCGUAUCUAUGGCAAGUCGAUGGCGCUGCGUUCGUUCAUCCGACGCUCGAUCAAUGACAUGUUCUACACGUUCGUGUACGAGACGGAAUCGCUACAGGGUGUAGGCGAGCUGCUGGAGAUUCUAGGAAGUAUCAUCAACGGUUUCGCUCUGCCGCUGAAGCCAGAGCACCAGAACUUCCUCGAGCGCGCGUUGAUUCCGCUACAUACAGCAGGAAACCUGGCCAUGUUUCACCAGCAAUUGGCGUACUGCACCACGCAGUUCGUGGAGAAAGACCCUCAGACCUCGGAACCGAUAAUUCUGGGGCUGCUAAAGUUCUGGCCGGUGACUGCAAGUGCCAAGGAGAUUCUUUUUUUGAAUGAGCUCGAGGAGAUCAUCGAGAUGAUUCAGAUCGAACAGUUUGCCGCUGUGAUGCGGCCGCUGUUUCUGCGAAUAUCGCAAGCCGUGUGCAGCAGUCACUUCCAAGUCUCUCAGCGUGCCUUAUAUUUAUGGAACAACGAGGCACUGGUGCGGCUUGUCAGUGCGCGGCGGGCUGAGAUCCUGCCAUUGAUCUUUGGGGCGCUGUACCGCAAUUGCGAGAACCACUGGCACAGCACUGUGCAGACGUUGACGUACAACGUGCUCAAGCUGUUUAUGGAAAUGGACUCACAGCUGUUUGAUCAGUGCUCGGCGCAGUUUGAAGAGCGGGAAGGACGAGCGCAGCAGACGACAGAACAACGCCGACUCAAGUGGGCAGCCUUAGAACACCGCUUGCAGGCGCAAGGACCGAUGUGA